GGUCCGCCCGGUGGGGAAGAAGAGCUGAGGCAGGCGAGGCGGCGGCAGCACAAAAUGGCGGCGGGGUCCGGCAGCGCGGCGGCUGUGGUAGCGGUGGGAGGCAGCGGCCCGGCGGGGCCUUUAUCUGCUGGUGCUACGGCGGUAGGGUCCGCCCCGGCGGGGAGCGGUGCGCCGGUACCGGGCCCUGGGGCGGUGCUGAUCGGGGACCGCCUGUACUCGGGGGUGCUGAUCACGCUGGAGAACUGCCUGCUGCCCGAGCACACGCUGCGCUUCACGCCGUCCAUGAGCAGCGGCCUCGACCCCGACACCGAGACCGAGCUGCGCGUCACCGGCUGCGAGCUCAUCCAGGCGGCCGGCAUCUUGCUUCGUCUGCCGCAGGUGGCUAUGGCUACAGGACAGGUGCUAUUUCAGCGGUUUUUUUAUACCAAGUCUUUUGUGAAGCAUUCCAUGGAGCAUGUGUCGAUGGCCUGCGUCCACCUGGCAUCCAAGAUCGAAGAGGCCCCUCGGCGCAUCAGGGACGUGAUCAACGUCUUCCACCGCCUGCGGCAUCUGCGGGAAAAGAAGAAACCUGUGCCUCUAAUACUGGAUCAGGAAUAUGUGAACUUGAAGAACCAAAUUAUUAAGGCAGAAAGAAGAGUCUUAAAGGAGUUGGGAUUUUGUGUUCAUGUGAAGCACCCUCAUAAGAUAAUCGUUAUGUACCUUCAGGUAUUAGAAUGUGAACGUAACCAACACCUGGUCCAGACCUCAUGGAAUUACAUGAAUGAUAGCCUGAGAACAGAUGUCUUUGUACGGUUCCAGCCAGAGAGCAUUGCCUGUGCAUGCAUUUACCUCGCAGCUAGGACGCUGGAGAUUCCACUUCCCAACCGCCCACACUGGUUUUUGCUGUUUGGAGCAACAGAGGAGGAAAUCCAAGAAAUCUGCUUGAAGAUUUUGCAGCUCUACACCAGGAAAAAGGUUGAUCUCUCUGAUCUGGAAAGUAAAGUAGAAAAGAAGAAAUUGGCAAUUGAAGAGGCAAAAGCACAAGCUAAAGGUCUGGUGCCUGAGGGAGCCCCAAGUUUGGAUAACACCUCAGGAUUUUCCCCUAUCCCCAAAAAUGAGUCUCCAAAAGAAGUCAAAGGAAAUAAACCUUCGCCGCUACCUGUGCAGGCAAUGAAGAAUGCCAAGAGGAAAACAGAGGCAGCAAAAAGAACCAGUUCCAACAGCCCAGUAAAUGGGGUUCAGAAAGGGAGGGAGAGCAGAAGUCGAAGUGGGAGUCGAGACCCGAGUUACUCGAGGUCACCGUCCAGAUCUGCCUCCCCUAAGCACAGGAAAAGUGAAAGCUACUCCACCUCCAGCGGCUCCAAGUCCCACAGCCGCUCGCGGAGCCGCAGCGAUUCCCCUCCCAGGCAGUUCAACCACGGCUCCGGCUACAAAGGCUCCAAGGUGAGGAGCUACAAGAAGUCCAAGGACUACAAAUACUCCGCUCACAAAGGCAGGAAGUCUCGCAGCAGGAGCUCCUCCCGCUCCAGGAGCCGCUCCAGGGAGCGCUCAGACCACUCUGGGAAGUACAAGAAGAAGAGUCACUACUACCGGGCGCAGCGGCACGAGCGGGAGCGCUCCUACGAGCGAGCCGCCCACCGCUACGACCGAGACCACCCCGGCCACAGCAGGCACAGGAGGUGAACCCAAGCAGAACUGACAAAGCCCCCAGACCUCUUUCCUUUGGGAGCUGCAGCAGGGCAUGCCCUUCCUCCUCCUGGAGCUUUGCAGCCUGAA